AUGACACCUCGAUGUUUUAUCAUCCGCCACGGCGAGACCGAAUGGUCCCUGAAUGGUCGACACACCGGCAGUACUGAUCUGCUGCUGACGCCGAACGGCGAGAAGCGGAUCAAAGCAACGGGGAAGGCGCUGGUAGGGAAUGAUCGGCUUAUUGCUCCUAGGAAAUUGGUUCAUGUGUAUGUCUCGCCUCGGGCGCGUGCGCAACGAACAUUAGAACUCCUGGAAAUCGGCUGCAGAGAGAGACUCCCGUGGGCGGAGAACAGGAAGUCGGAGGACGAAGUGCCUAUCCGGACAGAGGCCAAGGUCGAAGUCACAGGGGCCAUCCGGGAAUGGGAUUAUGGUGACUACGAGGGCUUGACAAGUAAGCAAAUACGGGAAAUGAGGGCGCAGAAGGGAGAAGGAUCAUGGGAUAUUUGGCGGGAUGGGUGUCCCGGAGGAGAAUCCCCUGAAGAUGUAAUCCGCCGCCUUGAUGCCCUUAUCGCCGAAAUCAGGGAAAAGUACCACGGACCUUGUUUCGACGGGUCAUCAAAGAACAAUGCCAAAGGGGAUGUCCUCAUCGUCGCACACGGUCAUAUUCUACGCGCCUUCGCCAUGCGCUGGGUCGGAAAGCCAUUGAUAGAGACGGCUCUAAUCCUAGAAGCUGGAGGCGUAGGAACCCUGAGGUAA